AGAAAUUUCAAGAGAUGAUGAACGGUGUUGAUAAAAUGGCCAGUAAAGACAAAUUCAGUACAAUGUCGUUGGACGACGCCAUGAUGUUGGCUGGGUUCGGCACUUACAACAUCCUGCACAUGCUGAUGAGUGGCGUGAUCCUCAUGGGCAUGAUCAUGCAGAGUCUGGCCCUCGGCUACAUCCUGCCGGCUGCGCAGUGUGACCUCAGCCUCACACUGCAGCAGCGAGGGUGGUUAGCAGCCAUACCUUUCCUAGCUAUAAUUCUGACGUCAUAUUUCUGGGGCUGGCUGGCUGACACGCAGGGUCGCAGGCCGGUGAUGUUGUUCUCCAUGAUCAUAUCAGCUGUGUUCUCUGUAUUCGCCAGCUUCUCGCCUGACAUCAUUUCCUUUGGUGUCUUGCAGUUUAUUUCGGCUAUAUUCAUGGCUGGCUCAUCGGCCGUGGUGUACACAUAUCUGGGAGAGUUCAACAAUCUCCGACACAGGGACAAGAUGGUCGCCUUCGGGUCUUCCUUUGUGGGCAUCGGGACUGUCAUAUUGCCUUGUGUAUCUUGGUUGAUCCUCCCUCAAGAGUUCGCGUUUCCCAUAAGUUUCCUGGACAUCUACUACCGUCCCUGGAGGCUGCUCAUCGUGGCCUGCGCUAUUCCCUUCGCACUGGCCUCUGUGCUCCUUCUCUUUGCUCCGGAGAGUCCCAAGUUCUUGUUCGCGACGGGACAGCAUGCUGAUGCUUUGGAAGUGGUGAAGAAGAUUUAUGCCGUUAAUAACAGAGCGCCUGCGGAAGAAUUUCCAGUGAAAUCUCUUUCAACCGCUAACUUCUUGUACAAAGCGAGCGACAGUAAGGGAAUAGCGGCUAUAUGGAACUCCAUGAAGGAGCAGACCAUUCCGCUGUUCAAAAUGCCACUAGUACCUUGGACUCUGCUUACUUGCUUUGUGCAGUUCGGAAUUUUCGCUACGUACGUUUCUUUUUUAGUCUUACCACUAAAAGUAAAACAAUCCAGAUAGAUUUCUAAGUAUAGG